AUUGGCAUGUUCACGGCAAAAUUAGCAGCUCACAUAAUCUCGAAAACUUACAAAUUUCCAAAUGUUUUCAGAGUUUCGACGCGCAACCUCAUCCACAAUGGCACAGCACUGCACCAGAGUAACAAGAAUGCAACGCAUUCCUCGCCGAAAUGCGAGGAAUAUCGGGAGAAGCUUAAGAAAUGCCCGAAACUGACCGAAUCGGUUCUCUGUUGCAAAAGGUUUUUCCAGAAAGAAGUUUACCCGCAACCGGAAUGCAAGGAACAAACGACUCUGGACGAGUACACGAAGCUACGGGAGAGCAUAAGGUCGCGGGGGGAUGCGUUCUUGAAGACAGUGAAGGAGAGAUCGACGUCCGCCAUAAAUGAGCUGAACGGUUACAUAGCGUCGAUGAAGCACAAGGAGGAAUCUCAACUGAAGCGAUUGCGUUCGGUCAACGAGGAGAAGUUGAACCGGCUGAUGGGCUUGGACGUUGCGAUCGCCACGAAGAAACGUGAACGCGCGAUGUCGAUGAACGAUCGGGCUCGAAUGCAUCUGGAAACGCUUCGGUGCGACCUGAUAGCGCGAACGAUAAGGCUGGUCGAAAUGGCGGAGCGUGUCGAACGGGACACCGUGAUUUGCAUCGGUCAGGCGGAGUCUCUCGUGAAAUCUUGCGGCAAAUGUAAGGACGUGAAGAAGCUGCAGACCUGCUUGAAGGAGAACGCCGACACCGCGACGAUGAAAUUGGAAGACGGAUUGAGAUACGCGAACGUCAGUUUGAAGGAAAUCGAGGCGUACAAACAGGCCGUUAUCAAAUAUUAUGCUCCGCUGUCGUCUGACGCUAUCAGUGCGUACAGCAAAGAGAGCGACAAGUUCUCGAAAUAUUUGGACGACUGUAUUUUUGCCAUUGAGGGGAGGAGCAAAUAAAUAAUCGAUGCAUAAACGAGA